UGCAUGCCGUAUCAUAACCAUACUCCAAUCUGAGGCUCACGGCGGCGCUGAUCAAGCCUCGCCGGAACAUGUCGUCGACCACUGCGCUACCUGACCAAGCCGUGGAAACGUGUUGCCGGCAAGAAAAACGCGCUCGCAUCGCCGGGACCGCCGUGGACCCUAACUGGAGGGAUUGGGCGGACCGGAUCGCCGGGCCGGCAGGCCUGAUCGCCGAGCGUGUCCUCGCGGACGACGUCGCGGACUACCUCCGCUUCCGCGCGGUGUGCCGCACAUGGCGGCGAUGCACCGCGUCCCCGCACGAGCACGACAGCCUGAACGUCUGGAAGCAGCGCCGUGACUUCCUGAACGUCUCGACCGGGGAGCGCAUCCGGGUGGACCUGCCGGAGCUCCGCUACCAGUACGUGGUCGGGGCCACCUCUGAUGGCGGCCUCAUCGUGCUGUGCGACAAGCGCACCUACGUCGUCCGCCUCCUCAACCCGCUCACCCGGCAGCUGACGACCCUCCCGGCCGCGAUCACGCAGCAGUACACUGGGAGCAACCAAAGGGCGUAAUGGCGUACACUCUGUGUGGCGAUCGUGCGUUGGUUGCCGGCCUCGCCGACGACUCAACCGUAUUCCUCCACAUGGACCCUUUCUGGCUAUUCACCGCCAAGCCCAGCGAUAAGCAGUGGACGCGGUUGCACACCGGCCACAUCAUUACAACCUUGCCAUUCGCGGUCCGCUUCUACUGCCUCACCGAGACAGCCCUCAUGGUGGCGGACACGACCGCAUCCACAAACCCGCAGCUGGCGGUGGCGGCCGAACUGGGCGAUAUGGGUUCUGUGCGGUACGAUCAGACCGUGAAACUAGUGGACAACGACGGGGAACUGGUUCUUGUGCGUCGGACCCCGCGUGACAAUAACAACACUUUCCGGAAAGGUUAUGAGGCGUACCGGGUGGAUGUGAUGGCCCGCCGAGAAUCAAGGCCUACCGUCUACUUUAUGGUGAUGCCAGGUUAUGCAGUGCCAUUAGAGCCUCCCAUCUCCCAUCUAGCCAUCGAAUCGGAGGCGGAAAUGGCCAUGGCAGUGCCAUUGAGGCCUGCCGUCUCCUAUAUGGAGGCAUCCAAGUCGAUGUUGGUGAUACUCGGCCAUGCAAUGUCAUUGAGUCUGUGUCGCACUAUAUAUGCGGUAGAAAGAUCAUCGCACAUGAGCGACGUCGUAGUGAAAGGCUGAAGCUGAGGCACCAACAUCGACUGAUGUCUGCAUUAGAUUAGAAUCAGGUUGCCAGUGCCAGUAGCAAGGCUCAAUUUCUCAUGACUCUGACCAAUUAUACGUACCAGUUUUCCUACUCUAUGGUCGAUGCGGUUUCUUGUUAUCUGUAACGCGAAUGCUGCUUUAUAGUGCUUAAAUGUUGAUUGCAAACCCGCUAAAUCAUUGUCCACACCAUUGAAUUUACGGUUGGGACUGGCCCGCAAUAGGCAAGGACUACAAAUUUUCAAACGGUCCUAGAUCGGGUGAUCCGACGGGCGGGAACCCGGCCGAUAAGUGUCCAUUAUCAGCCGGAUAAGGCGUAGCCCGUC